AUGAGUCGGAGCGGCGGAGCCCGGCUGCCCGCGACCGCGCUCACCGGCCCGGGACGCUUCCGUAUGGCCCGCGAGCAGCCGGCGUCCGCGGCGGUGGCGGCAGCCAGGCAGCCCGGGGGCGACCGGAGUGGCGAUCGGGCACUGCAGGGGCCAGGGGUCGCCCGCAGGGGGCGGCCGUCACUGAGUCGCACUAAAUUGCACGGGCUGCGGCACAUGUGCGCGGGGCGCACGGCAGCGGGAGGCUCCUUCCAGCGGCGGGCGCUGUGGGUGCUGGCCUUCUGCACGUCCCUCGGCUUGCUGCUGUCCUGGUCUUCGAACCGCCUGCUCUACUGGCUCAGCUUCCCGUCACACACUCGAGUGCACCGCGAGUGGAGCCGUCAGUUGCCGUUCCCCGCCGUCACCGUGUGCAACAACAACCCGCUGCGCUUCCCGCGCCUCUCCAAGGGGGACCUCUACUACGCGGGCCACUGGCUGGGGCUGCUGCUGCCCAACCGCACGGCCCGCCCGCUGGUCAGCGAGCUGCUGCGGGGCGACGAGCCGCGCCGCCAGUGGUUCCGCAAGCUGGCCGACUUCCGCCUCUUCCUGCCGCCGCGCCACUUCGAGGGCAUCAGCGCUGCCUUCAUGGACCGCCUGGGCCACCAGCUGGAGGACAUGCUACUCUCCUGCAAGUACCGGGGCGAGCUCUGUGGCCCGCACAACUUCUCCUCAGUGUUUACAAAAUAUGGGAAGUGUUACAUGUUUAACUCAGGCGAGGAUGGCAAGCCUCUGCUCACCACAGUCAAGGGGGGGACGGGCAACGGGCUGGAGAUCAUGCUGGACAUUCAGCAAGAUGAGUACCUGCCCAUCUGGGGAGAGACAGAGGAGACAACGUUUGAAGCAGGAGUGAAGGUUCAGAUCCACAGUCAGUCUGAGCCGCCUUUCAUCCAAGAGCUGGGCUUUGGGGUGGCUCCGGGGUUCCAGACCUUCGUGGCCACACAAGAGCAGAGGCUCACGUAUCUGCCCCCACCAUGGGGGGAGUGUCGAUCCUCAGAGAUGGGGCUCGACUUCUUUCCCGUUUACAGCAUCACCGCCUGUCGGAUCGACUGUGAGACCCGCUACAUCGUGGAGAACUGCAACUGUCGCAUGGUCCACAUGCCAGGGGAUGCUCCUUUCUGCACUCCGGAGCAGCACAAGGAGUGUGCAGAGCCUGCCCUCGGCCUCCUGGCAGAAAAGGACAGCAAUUACUGUCUCUGCAGGACACCCUGCAACCUGACCCGCUACAACAAAGAGCUCUCCAUGGUGAAGAUCCCCAGCAAGACGUCAGCCAAGUACCUGGAGAAGAAAUUUAACAAAUCUGAAAAAUAUAUCUCAGAGAACAUUCUUGUCCUGGAUAUAUUUUUUGAAGCGCUCAAUUACGAGACAAUUGAACAGAAGAAGGCGUAUGAAGUCGCUGCCUUACUUGGUGACAUUGGUGGUCAGAUGGGAUUGUUUAUUGGUGCUAGUAUCCUUACAAUACUAGAGCUCUUUGAUUAUAUUUAUGAGCUGAUCAAAGAGAAGCUAUUAGACCUGCUUGGCAAAGAAGAGGAGGAAGGGAGCCAUGACGAGAACAUGAGCACCUGUGACACAAUGCCGAACCACUCUGAAACCAUCAGCCACACUGUGAAUGUGCCCCUGCAGACAGCUUUGGGCACUCUGGAGGAGAUUGCCUGCUGACACCUCAGGCAACCCAGCACCUUCAAACAGACCUUAAGGCCCAAGACCCAGGACAGGGGAGUGCAAGCUCAGGUGGAAUGGCCCCUGAUGACAGAAAGAAGCAAGAGCCCCCCCUAUGCACACAUUGUGAACUUCUGCCAAACCUCACUCUGGCCACAUCUGACAUGAACCGUCCCGGGCCCUGCCAUUUGUCCCUCAUAGGACUGACGAGUCCCACUCUGGAGCUGUCCAAGAACUAAUCUGCCAUCACAUCUCACUGCCAGAUGUACAAAGCACCUGCAUGCCCAGACUUCUUACGGCGCCACCUCCACUCCUGUCUUGUACAUGCUAUUUUCUCCGUACAGUUUCCAGAGCCCACUCCGCUGCCCAUGCAGUGGGACCAGGUUCCAGCCCCAAAGCCACCCUGAGCCCAGCUCUGGAAUCAAAACUGCACGGUCAAGAAGGAAACCACAGAACUCUCUACAACGUUUGACCCUUGUGUUGUUUGUGAAGGUUCUUAACCUGCCCACAAACCCUUGUCCCCUAAACGGCCCCUGGGGCUCCUGCACUAAAGGUGACCAGUGCCGAUCUCCUUCUUAUCCCAGCACCUAUGGAGGCGGUACAGUGGCCUGGGUGACCCCAGUAUUCGUCCAUGGAGCCACGUCCUUCUCACCCUGUGACAUAGCUGUAGAGUUCGAUUUCUUUUUGUUUUGUUUUGUGGGGGCGGGGGCUGUUUUUGUUCGUCUGUUGAUUGUUUCGGUUUGCUCUGUUUUAUGGGCUUUGGUUUCGAUGUUCCAAGGUUCGGUUUGGGUUUUCCAUUUUCUUUGGAGUUUAUUUAUUCGUGCUUCGAACCACAGUCAUAUUAAAAGCUGGUCUUGUGGAAGUGGCCACAUCUGUC